UCCUAAACUCUACACACUACCUUUUGAUGUUUCACUCGAGUCAUUAAACAAUCAAGUUUGAAUGGUGUAUAGUAAGCGUAGGAUCUGUCAACUUGUCUGUACAUUCAACUUCUCCCGUGGGAAGCUCACCAAUCCAGGCUUUGAACAACCCCUGAGGGCCACAGCGAUGACCUUGGCAAUUCAAACCCACUCACUUAAAGCCAUUAGUGCCCCACUGUUUACGCUCCUUCCCCUUUAGCCAACAAGGCAUGGAUGGGUCCCAAACAGGAGUGGUAAUGAGGUCCUGAGCAGCCUCACAGCCUCAGACACAGAGACCCGGAGCAGAGCAGACCCGUCCUGUCAGCUGCAGAGAACUGAGGCACACAGAGUCCUGUAGUCCACUGUUGCCAGCACACAUGGGACUAUAAGGCAAAUGUGAUCCUGACACAUUGUUCUGGCAUGCAUAAUGGGGCCUUUUCAGGGCCCCUCAGGGGAGACCUGGGAGCCUGAUCUUAAAGAAGUAACGUGACGUUAGUCUGUUGGUUCUCCCACCUCUCAGUUUUUGUCCAACAACCUUGUUUCUGAGAAAUUGUCCUAUGACUCAUGUCUUCUUGCAUUGCCAUGACCUUUGACGAAAUACAUCACAGAUAAAGACUUAUGUGAUCUGAACAAUCUUUCUCCCCUCUCCCUUAGAAUGGUCAGGCCAGGCUGUCCAAUCAUUCUGCUCCAUCUCUUCAGCAUCUUUGCACAGAGAAGAGCUAAUUCUCAGGAUAUCCUGUAUCCAUAUGGACCUGGCCAUAGGGAUUUAGAGACCCCCAAGAUGGAUGAUGGGAGUUCUGCAGAAAUAACUUUGCUUAUCCCUUUUGUUUUCUUCAAUAUCCCCUACCGUUCAAUCUACGUCAACAACAACGGUGUAAUCUCCUUCAAUGUGCAGGUUAGCCAGUUCACACCUGAGGCUUUUCCCCUGAGUGACAGCAGAUCAUUCAUUGCUCCACUCUGGGCAGAUGUGCACAACGGCAUUCGCGGUGACGUUUACUACCGAGAAUCCACAGAGCCAGAAAUACUGGAGCGGGCAACACAAGAUGUCCGGAAGUACUUCAAAGACAUGCCCAACUUCACUGCCACCUGGGUCUUUAUUGCAACCUGGCAUCAGGUUACAUUUUAUGGAGGAAGCCAAACAACUCCGGUGAACACAUUCCAGACUGUACUGAUCGCAGAUGGCAUGGCAUUCUUCAGUAUGUUCAACUAUGGAGAAAUCACAUGGAGCACAGGAACUGCCAGUGGUGGAGAUCCUUUAACAGGAUUGGGUGGGACAACAGCUCAGUCAGGUUUUAACGGUGGAGAUAUUGGUCACUUCUUCAAUCUGCCAGGAUCACGAUCGAAUGACGUGGUGAACAUUGAACAGACAACCAACGUGAAUGUUCCUGGACGCUGGUUCUUCCGUGUAGACACUGAACUGAUAAAUCCUGCUAAUGGCUGCAGCUACAAUGGGCGUUACUACAGACGAGGGGAAAUCUUCUGGCUCUCUGAUCAGUGUUCCCAGCGAUGUCGCUGUCUGGACAUUGAUAAUGAGGUGCAGUGUCAGCAGGCUCCAUGUGGGCAGCUGGAGACCUGUGAGCAGCUGGACGGGGCCUUUUACUGCCAACCCACACGCACCAGCACUUGUGUUGUCUUUGGAGACCCUCAUUACCACACCUUCGAUGGCUUCCUGUACCACUUCCAGGGCACCUGCUCCUAUCUACUGGCUCGGCCAUGCUGGGAAGUUGCAGGGCUACCCUCCUUCAGUGUGGAGGCCAAAAAUGAGAACCGUGGUGUCGCCUCUGUUUCGUGGCUCAGAGACGUGACAGUGGAUGUGUAUGGUCACAGGGUGAUGUUACCCAAAGGCAGCUUUGGGACUGUUCAGGUGGAUGGCUUGAUGAAGACUUUACCAGUCCAGCUGCAGCUUGGUGCUAUCAGGGUGUACCAAUCUGGGGUCGCUGUUGCUUUAGAGACAGAUUUUGGACUUUUGGUAACCUAUGAUGGCCAACACUAUGCAUCCAUCUCCCUACCUAGCUCCUAUUUCAACAACACUUGUGGCCUUUGUGGCAACUACAACGACGACCCUGCGGAUGAUCCUGUUCUGCCCGAUGGCUCUUUAGCAGAAAGCGUGGUGGAGUUGGGAGGUAGCUGGCGAGCUGAGGACAUAGACUGGAGGUGUACAGAUGGAUGUGCAGUGAACUGCAGUGUCUGCGACCCGGCUACGGAAGCCUUCUACUUUCGUUCGGAUUAUUGUGGACUCAUCAACAAAACCGAUGGACCUUUCAGGGACUGCAGAGCUGUGGUGGACCCUACAGCCUUCGUGUAUAGCUGUGUAUAUGACAUGUGCAGCAACAGGGACAACAUCACCACUCUGUGCCAGGCCAUUCAGGCAUAUGCAUUGGCGUGUCAGGCUCUUGGUGUGACAAUACGACCCUGGAGAUCUCGCACCUUCUGUGCUUUGUCGUGUCCAGAGUUCAGCCAUUACCAAGUGUGUACUAGUGCCUGUCCAGCUUCCUGUUCAGACCUCACUGCUCCUCUGUACUGUGCUCAUCCUUGCACUGAAGGCUGCCAGUGUGACGCAGGCUAUGUACUCAGUGGCAGUCGCUGCGUGCAGCGUGAAGACUGCGGUUGUGAGCAUAAUGGCCUCUAUUACCCUCUAAAUGACACUUUCUGGGCUGGCCCCAGUGGCGAAGAAGGCGAAUGUACCCUCCGCUGCACCUGCGGGCUGGCUGGGGAGGUCUCCUGUUUCAAUGAGUCUUGUAAGGAGGGUGAGGUGUGUGUGGCAGAGGUGGGUUUGCUGGGCUGCUACCCUCGGAGGGAAGGUGUGUGCUCAGUCACCCAGAACGCUGUGACAUCCUCCUUCGAUGGCACCUACCUGCAAUUCCCAGAUGACAGCUCCUACUACCUGCUGAAGCUGUGUGGCCCGGUGCCAGCAAACUGCUCCAUGGUGGAGGUGAAGAUAGGGCGGCGACUGGUGAACAAAGGCCCAGCUUGGAAGAGACCUGUGAUAGUUACAGUGGCUAAUAUGGAGGCACAGAUUGGAGGGUUGGAUUUUGACACAGUCAAGGUUAACGGUGAACAAGUGAGACUCCCAUACGUCCAUCCAAUGGAGACAAUGAUGAUCUACAGAGCACCAGGCAAUGCUACAGUGGUGGAAUCACGUGGAUUGAUUCGAGUCCACUACACCCGCCAGGGAUUCCUCAAUAUCUCACUGUCCACCCUCUACUACAACAUCACUUGUGGUCUGUGUGGCGUCUUCAACAGCAAUUCCACUGAUGACCUCCGCCUCCCAAAUGGACGCCUUGCCGAGUCGACUGAGCUGUUCACGGAAGGGUGGCGAUCGAUUGCUGAUGAUCUCACAUGCAACGGGGACUGUGACGACUUGUAUCGCAUGUGCACAGACUUACGACUUUAUCAGAGUCCCUGGAUGUGCGGCAACAUCAAUGACCCCGGGAACAGCUCCUUUCUGGCUUGUCACGCAGUGGUCAACCCCUCACCAUUCUUCAGGAACUGCUUGUAUAACAUGUGCAUCAGAGAAGGAAACCGUUCGGCCCUUUGUUCCUCACUGCAGGCGUAUGCAACGGCCUGCCAGGAUGCUCAGAUAGGCCUGACUUCCUGGAGGAGUGCUACCAACUGCCCUCUUCCCUGUCCAGAGAACAGCCAUUUUGACGAAUGCACCAACGCCUGCCCUCUGACCUGUGCCAACUUGGAUGAGCCUGAGGAGCCGUGCCCGCUGCCAUGUCAGGAGGGGUGUCAGUGUGAGGACGGCUUCGCGCUUCGGGACGGCCUGUGUGUGGCUCGCAGUGACUGUGGCUGCAUGAGCCAUGGGCGCCAGCUGGCUACCAAUCAGACUUUCUGGACUGACUGGGAGUGCCAGGAGCGCUGCUACUGCAACGGCUCCGACAACAGUGUAUACUGUCAGCUCGCACCCUGCCACCCAGAGGAGUACUGCCAGGAGAAUGACGGCCUGUAUUUCUGCCAGCCACGCACUGAGGCCCUCUGUGUGGCAGCCGGUUAUGGACAUUUUCUGCCAUUUGGUGGUUUACCGUUCGAGCUGCAGAGCUCUUGUACCCUCAGAAUGGCGACCACCAACUGUGGCAGGGAAGCUGGCGAUGACACAGCCAUCAGUGGAGCUUUUCCUCAGUUUAAAUUGGCGGCUCGGAAUGAGGAAAGAGACACAGGCCAGGCAAUUUGGGUGAGGGGCUUUGUCCUGGAGGUGUACGAGUAUGAAAUAGAAGUGUCACGAAGCUACAAGAAUACUGUCACUGUGAAUAAGGAGCGUUUGUACCUGCCUCUGAAGCUGGGACCAGGAAAGGUUAACAUCAUCACCUUGGGCAUGCAGCUCAUUCUGGAGACAGACUUUGGCCUGAAAGUGGCCUUCGACUGGAACACUCUGCUCCUGCUGACUUUACCUCGUGACCUCUACAACGCCUCCUGCGGCCUCUGCGGGGGCAUGCCCUUAUCGCCCUCCACCCUCACCACCACCGACUGGGGCAUGGCCUGGGCAGAGCGGGACACAUUCUGCCAGGUGGGCUGUGGAGACUCCUGCCCGCGCUGUGGCCUGGGGGAGAAAAACGAGCUCAGUGAAGGCCCCCUCAUGGUGGCCGAUGCCAACGGGGUCGUCGGCUCCGAUGACGAAGCCGAUGAAGUCAACACGGGCAUGCGCUUCCACAUCGGAGACGGCCUGUAUGUGUUUGUGGAGCCGGAGGCGGUGAGGCUGUGUGGGCUGAUUGUCGAUCGAGGAGGAGUGUUUGCACGCUGUCACAGCAAGGUGGCGCCUGCUUUCUUUUAUCAAAGCUGCCUGCAGGACACUUGUAUGGAUCAGGGUGCCGAGGAUACGAUCUGUAACUGGCUGCAGAUCUAUGCCAGCACGUGUCAGACUCAAGGGGUGCCGGUUACAGGGUGGAGGAGCGACACGCCGUGUGUCCAGAGCUGUCCACCUAACAGCCAUUACUCCAGUUGCAUGUCGGUCUGCCCGCCUCAGUGCGCCCCCGCCCGCGGCCAGAGGGACUGCAGCCAGGACUGUGUGGAGGGCUGCCAGUGCGACCAGGGCUAUGUGCUCAAUGGAAAGAGCUGCAUCCUGCCUCAAAACUGUGGCUGCUACACUGAUGGCAAGUACUACGAGCCCAAGCAGCUGUUCUGGAACAGUGACUGCACCAAACGAUGCCAGUGCAUCGGUCGAAACCUGGUCCAGUGCGACCCGAGGCGCUGCAAGGCGGAGGAAGAGUGCACGCUUCGACACGGCGUGCGCGGCUGCUUUGCGCGGCGCUCCCAGCACUGCGUGGCCUCGGGCGGAGGCGUCUUCAGGACGUUUGACGGGGCCUCGCUGCGGCUGCCGGCCUCCUGCUCCUUCGUCUUAUCCACAAACUGUCACAAGCUGCCCGACCUCUCCUUCCAGCUCAUUGCCAACUUCGACAAGUGGAGCACGCCCAACCUCACCACCAUCUCUCACGUCUACCUCUACAUAAACGAGGAGAAUAUACUCAUAUCUGGCAGCACUGUCAAGGUCAACGGUACGCCCGUCUCAGUGCCGUUUGUAACAGGACUGAUGACCCGCCUGUCCACAUCCGAAGGGUUUAUUGUCAUCGACACGCCCCAGGACAUCCAGGUCCGCUACAACCGCUUCAACACCCUCAGCAUCACGAUGGGCCAGCGGCUGCAGAACAAGGUGUGUGGCCUCUGCGGGAACUUCAACGGCGACCCCAGUGAUGACUACAUCACCUCCAGGGGCAAGCCGGCCGUCAGCGCUCUGGAGCUGGCCCAGAGCUGGAAGACCAACGGUAUGCAGAACAGUUGUGAUGAGAUGCAGUACGUGGCUCUGGCCCAGUCCUGCGACAACACGGCCGUCCUGGCCCUGCAGGGCGAGGACGCCUGUCAGAAGCUGACCCAGCUGAAGGGCUUCUUCCAGCCCUGCCACGGCCUGCUGGACCCGCGGCCCUUCUACCAGUCCUGCUACCUGGACGGCUGCUACAACCACCGCAAGGCUCAGGUCUGCGGCUCGCUGGCAGCCUACGCCGAGGCCUGCCGGUCGCUGGGCACCCUCACCACCAAGUGGAUCACGCAGGAGAACUGCUCAGAAUGGAUCUACGACCCCUGUGCAGGAGAGAUCUGCACAAACUUCACCUGCGAGCUGGAGAACGGCGGUGACCUGUGCGGCUGCCCCGAGUUACCCAGCAACACCGGGGGCGAAGACGAUAUCAUCCAGGCGGAGGUGACCUGCAAGCACGCUCAGAUGGAGGUCUCCAUCUCCAAGUGCAAGCUGUUCCAGCUGGGCUUCGAGCGGGAAGACGUCAGGAUCAACGACGAGCGCUGCUCCGGCAUCGAGGGCGAGGACUUCAUCUCCUUCCACAUCAACAACACUAAAGGACACUGCGGCUCCAUUGUGCUGUCCAACGGCACACACAUCAUGUAUAAGAACACGGUGUGGAUCGAGAGCGUCAACAACACCGGGAACGUCAUCACCAGAGACAAAACCAUCAACGUGGAGUUCUCCUGCGCCUACGAACUGGACCUGAAGAUCUCACUGGAGACCGUCCUCAAACCCAUGCUCAGUGUGAUCAACCUCACCUUACCGACGCAGGAGGGGAACUUCAUCACCAAGAUGGCCCUGUACAAGAACUCCUCGUACCGCCACCCGUACAGGGAGGGCGAGGUGGUGCUCAGCACCCGGGACAUCCUCUAUGUGGGGGUCUUUGUGGAGGGGGCCGACGUCAAUCAGCUCAUCCUCAUCGUGAACAUGUGCUGGGCGACGCCGUCCCGCUACAGCAGUGACCGGCUGCGCUACAUCAUCAUAGAGAGGGGGUGCCCAAACAUCAAGGACAACACGAUCGGCAUGGCGGAGAACGGCGUGUCGCUGACCUGCCGCUUCCACGUGACCGUCUUCAAGUUCAUCGGGGAUUACGACGAGGUUCACCUGCACUGCGACGUCUCUCUGUGCGACUCGGAAACAAACGCCUGCAAAGUGAACUGUCCACACAAGAGGAGGAUGUACUCAGAGGACGGAGGCCACAAAGAGCACAUCCUGUCUGUGGGCCCCAUCAGAAGGAGAGAGUCGGACUGGUGUGAGGAGGAUAACGGAGGCUGUGAUCAGAUCUGCAGCAGUAAGGGAACCGGUCCCGUCUGCAGCUGCGUGACGGGGAUGCUGCAGCGAGACGGGAAGACCUGCAGGACUGUGAGCUCGAGCUGCGUCCUCAAACCUGCUCUUCCUCUCCUCCUCCUCCUCCUCCUCCUCCUCCUGCUGAACGCUGCGGUCUCCGUCUAAUCCAAACAUGAUGGACGCCACAAAGACCAAACACAAAAAGACUUGAAGUUGCACAAAGUAAAUUCAGUAGCCUGUAGAUCAGCUGUGUUCCAGUCAGAAAAUCCACUUGACCAAACGUUUGAGUGCAGAAGUAACUGAGGGUGAGUCGGUUUUAAAAA